AUGAAGCUCUCCCUCACCUCAAGCCUUCUCACAACAACCACGCUCCUGGGCAGCGCCCUCUCCCUCCCACAGACUUCCAACCUCGUCUCACGCAUCCAAGCCCGGUCUCUAAACCGGCAGUCGCAUCCCCUCACUCGCCAAGAUGGCGGCCACUCAGGUUCUCAAACGGGCUUCCGGAUGGCCAGCACAGCCGCUGUGGCCUACAGUAACAACUGGGCCGGCGUCGUCCGCGAGGAAGCACCACCUGGAGGCCCUUACACAGCCGUCAGCGCGACAUUUACCGUGCCCAAGCCGACAGCCGCGCCAAAUACAGCAGGGUUGCAGGCAGGUUCGGCAUGGGUAGGCAUUGACGGUGACACAUACAGCGGGGCGAUACUGCAGACUGGCGUGGACUUUUACAUAGACAACGGACGUGUGUACAACGAUGCGUGGUUCGAGUGGUUCCCUGAUUAUGCGUAUGACUUCAACUUGGCCAUCAACACGGGGGAUGUGAUUGUGGCCAAGGUCGAGGCGCUUUCGCCGAGCAAUGGGGUGGCUAUUAUCGAGAAUAAGAACACUGGGCAGACGGCGACACAGACGAUCAGUGCGCCCAAGGCUGAUGCGACGUUGAAAGGGGUGAAUGCGGAUUGGAUUGUCGAGGAUUUCCAGUCUGGCGAUAAAGUCGUUGCCCUCGCCGACUUUGAACAGGUCACGUUCACGGGGUGUGAGGCGAAGGCACAGAAUGGAGAUUCAUUGGGGUUGGACGGUUCAACUAUCAUUGAACUCAAACAGAACAAUAAGGUGCUCACUGAGGUGACGGUGAAGGGUAAUAAUGAGCUUACUGUUGCCAGUAAGAUGUAA